AUGCCGCAAUACAAGUUCGUUGCAGUACAGGGUGAUGAUGGAAAACUCUCCAAGGUGUCGAGUUCCACUCGAAGUCAUGCUGUUCGCGCAGGUCUCCGAAAGACCAAACGUCGGCCAAGGAGCAAAGCAACGACAGCAUCCUCUGGUUCUACUGAAUCUCGACAAGAUGUAAUCUGUGGUUUCGGGCUAUCCUUGAAGUCUGUCUGCCCCAGCUGUGUUGAUCCAUUCAACAGCCUCCCAGUUCCUACAAAUCUUCAAGUUGAUCACCUGGUCAAAUACCACGCAGCUGAUCGGUCAAGGGCAUGGUUCCCUUACGCUCUACAAAGCGUACCAAUGAUGCACAGCACUCUUGCCAUGGCCGCAACACAGUGGCGAGCAGAAUGCCCAUCACUGGAGCAAUCUAUCCAAGUCGAAGGUUUACGCCAAAAAGGAGAAGCAAUGCGCGAGAUUGGGAGCCGUUUAGCCCAGGACUGUUCUGGAUACGAUGAUGAAAUGGCCUUUCUCAUGUCCACGAUGGCAACUCUGGCCAUUGUCGAGGUCUCUGAUGGCAGCUUUGAUGCUGCCGAGAUACAUUUAGAAGGGGUGCAGAAUCUCUUCAGCUUGCGAGGUGGCUAUGGCAACCUCAAAGAUUACUUCAUCCUCUGCAAAUCAAUCAACAUUGCCGAUAUACUAGUAGCCACAGCGUUAGGCCAAGGGUUGAUAUUCCCCCUCAUGCAUACAGAUCAACCUCAGCUUCCACCAAUAAUCCUAGAGCAUCCUUUUGACCCUCCGUUGCAUGAUUCAGUACCAGAUGCUUCAGCUUGUUGCUCACGAAUAUUCGCAAAGUUGAGGCAGUUGCUCUUGGCAACUCAGUCUUUGAUGAUCUCAGUUGAUGACCUGCGAACUCUGCUCAACAUUGUGGAUGAAUCGAUUCUGCGUCAUCUCUACCAAAACCCCGUCGAUCAGUCCGAUACUAGUAGACGAUCCCGUGCGCUCGUCUUGGCUGCUCAGAUCUUCAUCCUUCAUUGGGCUGCUAGGACAAGGGUGUCAGGAAGGGCAGUGGUUCCUUGA